GCCAUGUGUGUUUUUCUAAGCCUGGCCUACACUGGAAGCCACUUGCAGGUUCAGAGUGCUGCUUUGCUCGGUUUCUCGAGUGCAAACAUGCUGGGAAGCAGUUAAUGUCUGUAAAGCUUUGUGGGCGUCGGCUCCCCGUGGAGAUGAAUGGGGACGUUCGGGCAUCUCGACUACAGUUUCCUGCAGUUCGUCAGCUGCCCUGGGUAGUCCUUUUUCUGGAGGCUCUCCCAUCAAUCAUCACAGCUGGAGACGUGAUUUUUUUAAGUCAAAUCUCAGCUGCUUUGGAGAGAAGAAAGGCUCCGAUGAAAGAGGCACGUCGGUGUUUUGGGCAUGGAUUAGUUUGAAGCCAAGAGCUGGCUGUCCUUAUCUCCACCUCCAAAAGUGUAGCUCCUGCAGGGCCUCCAACAGCGAGUGCUGAAAGCUGUGAAGGUUUCAGGUGGGACACAAAAAACAGCUGCCAAGAGCGAGACCCUCUCCCUUCUCACAAAGCCAGGAAAACCCCAGCGGUCCCUCCGGGCUCCCUCACAGUGCCUCCUGCUGCCACUGGCACCCAAACUACAAACCGCAGCUCGAUUUUUGGGAAGACCUUUACCUCGAGCUGAACUUUUUGGUUUUGGGGUCUGCAGCUGCUAUGCACAGCCUGGGAGGGGACGGAGGGUUACUCUGCCAGCGGGCGAGGCACCCUGCCCCACCAGGAGGGAUCACAGGAGCGGUGCCACCCCGCCCCAGGGCGGGACCUGCCCCGCCGGAGGACAGGGAUGCCGAGCGGCGAGAUGCGCUUUCCCCCGGGAGGAAGGAGGCGGCUUGCAGAUGUGCUGCGGGGGAAGCGUGCCCCGGAACCCCCUUUAUAUCACCCCGCUCCUGAAAAGCAGAGCACGAAAUGCCGUGUAAAGCCCUGCCCGGAGCCCCCGAGCCUGUCCUGCAGAAGUUGGUCUGUUUGUGAUAAAAAGAUGAAAGCCUCGGUCCUGCUUUGCAGCAGAUUUCAUGUAACACGUGAGGGGAACUGAAGCAGAAACCAAAGCCAAGGCAAAGCAGCAUCUGACCUUGUCACUGGGGGGCAGAAAACAGCCACUGGUUCCACUGGUGCUUCAAUCAAGCUCCGUGGGCAAUGAGGAAUCGCAGAGAGCUCACAAAGUGCAAGUUCCCUCCAGGUCCGUGGGGUGAAUAAAAAUUGUUAAUUCUUGGCUUGAUUUGUCAUCCUUUUGGGGGAAAACAAAGGUAUGUGAGACUGGCCAUUACACAGUUAGACCAAGCACAACUGGGAGUGGAUUGCUCCGGAGAUGAGAGUGACUGAGGCCAGCAAAGCCAAGGAGAAGCCUGUUCAACUCCACAUCUCCCCGGGAUUCCUUGGAGAGGUGAUAAAGUGAGUAAUAAGGCGAAGUGGGAGUUAUAAAGUGGAUGCGACAGCUCCAGCAGAACUUCUUCUCACUGCCACAUACGCUCGUUUCAAAGCAGCCAACGUUAUUUGGAAAUCUAUUUGAGGAAAAAAUGCACUUUGAGCAUCUCUGCAGCUCUUGUGUCUGAAGCAUUGAUCAGGAAAAUUGGCAGCACAACGCCAACAAAGGAGAAGAGGAUAUGGUGAAGGCAGCUAAGGAAAUUCAAAUGGAGAACCCAAGAGAGGCAGAGACUCCCAGCACAGGGGCCACAUGUUCCCCACCAGAGGAACAAGCAAAAAAACCCUCCAUGCUCUGUUUUAAGAAGCGGAAGAAGUCCUGUAAGGAGGGGCUGGCUGUGAAGGAUGCGUGCGAAGGAGCCUCAGAGGAGAAAAGCCAAUGUGUCAGCGCUGACCAAGAGGAGGCAAAAGCUUCCAAUCCAUCACGAUCCUCCAAAGGAACCUGGGCAGCCAUCAAAAACCUCGCCAGGCCUUGGAGAAGGCAGAAGUCCUCCUCACGGAAGAAGGUGCCCUCUGAUUCCCAAGUGCAGCUGGAGGUGGAUGCUGAGGAGAGCUGUGCGCAGGACCUCCCAAAGAAACGGGCGAGCUCCGGGGUGAAGAUACCCUGUGUGAGGUUCUCCAGAGGCAAGAAAAAACCCAGCCCCUCCGAGGCAGUGGAGGAGUCAGAGGGCAGUGUUCAAGCAAAUGAAGUGAUGGGUGUUGUGAACAAGGCUAGUGAAGAGCCAGAGGAUUUGGCCCCGACGGACAAAUCUGAAUCCUUCAGCCCAGUGUCCGCACAGGAGGAGCAGGACAUGGUGAAGCAGGAGCAGCGUGGAAUGAAAGAGGAUCGGGAUAUAGUGAAAGAGGAUCGGGAUAUAGUGAAAGAGGAUCGGGAUAUAGUGAAAGAGGAUCGGGAUAUAGUGAAGGAGGACCAGGAUACAGUGGAGGACCAGGGUACAGUGAAAGAGGACCACGAUAGAGCAAAGGAAAGUGACAGCUCUGUUGGGAAGAGUGAGCCCUUGACGGAGCCCACACGUGAUGCAGAGGAAUAUUCAGAGUGCACUGUUCAGUCUGAGAUAACUGAUUCAGAGACAGUUGAUGAAACAGCCCAGGACAAAUUGCAGGAAGGGAGCCUGCCCCAAACCCCUGACGAUGUGGAGGGCAGGGAUGUUGCUCCCGAAGCGCCUGUUUCUAAAGAUCAACCUGACAAUGCCCCUGAAAUCACAGAGAGGCAGGAAAUCCCUAAUGCCUGCACAGAGAUGCCUGAAAGGGAUGAACUGGAAAAGAGCAUAAGUCCUCCUAAGGAGUGCAAAGCUGAGGAGAUUGUAACUGAUUUCAGUGAGCUGGCAUCUGGAGGUGAUGCAGCAAGUGUGCAGGAGGCAGCAGGUGUGCAGGAUGCAGUGAGUGUGCAGGAUGCAGUGAGUGUGCAGGAUGCAGUGAGUGUGCAGGAGGCAGCAGGUGUGCAGGAUGCAGUGAGUGUGCAGGAGGCAGUGAGUGUGAAGGAUGCAGUGAGUGUGAAGGAUGCAGUGAGUGUGCAGGAUGCAGCGAGUGUGCAGGAGGCAGCAGGUGUGAAGGAUGCAGUGAGUGUGCAGGAGGCAGUGAGUGUGAAGGAGGCAGCAGGUGUGAAGGAUGCAGUGAGUGUACAGGAGGCAGCAGGUGUGCAGGAUGCAGUGAGUGUGCAGGAGGCAGCAGGUGUGCAGGAGGCAGCAGGUGUGCAGGAUGCAGUGAGUGUGAAGGAUGCAGUGAGUGUGCAGGAGGCAGCAGGUGUGCAGGAUGCAGUGAGUGUGAAGGAUGCAGUGAGUGUGCAGGAGGCAGUGAGUGUGCAGGAGGCAGCAGGUGUGAAGGAUGCAGCGAGUGUACAAGAAGCAGUGAAUGUACAGGAUGCAGUGAGCAUGCAGGAUGCGGUGAGUGUGCAAGAGGCAGUGAAUGUGCAGGAGACAGCAAGUGUGAAGAAUGCAGUGAAUAUGCAGGAUGCAGUGAGUGUGCAAGGUGCCAUGAGUGUGCAAGAGGCAGCGAAUGUGCAGGAUUCAGUGAGUGUGCACGAUGCAGGGAGUGUGCAGGAUGCAGUGAGCAUGCAAGAGACCAUGGAUGUGCAGGAUGCAGUGAGUGUGCAGGAUGCAGCAAGCGUGAGGGAUGCAGCAAGCAUGCAAGAUGCCAAGAGUGUGCAGGAUACCACAAGUGUGCAGGAUGCAGGAAGUGCACAGGAUGCAGUGAGUGUACAAGAGGCAGCAAAUGUGCAGGAUGCAGCGAGUGUGAAGGAUACAGCAAGCAUGCAGGAGGCAGCGAGUGUGCAGGAUGCAGUGAGUGUGCAGGAUGCAGUGAGUGCACAGGAUGCAACAAGUGUGCAGGAGGCAGCGAGUGUGCAGGAUGCAGUAAGUGUGCAGGAGGCAGCGAGUGUGCAGGAGGCAGCGAGUGUGCAGGAGGCAGCGAGUGUGCAGGAUGCAGCAAGUGUGCAGGAGGCAGCAAGUGUGAAGGAAUGCUCCAGCCAUCAGGUAUUAGAAGCAAAUGCAGGUGCUGGUGUCAGCAUCGUCAUCACCAUCACCGAAGCUGAGGACUCUGACAACACCGACUCUGACCAGGCCUAUGAGCCGUCCCCAGUUUUGCACCACAAAAAGCAAAAAGGGAAUAAAAAAUCAAACAAGAAUGCUGAUGUUGGUCAAAGAGAGAGCCCCGAGGCUGGUGGCGGUUCCCAGGCAGAGGAGAAAGGCCUGGCUGACCAGGGGCACAGAACUGGGGAGCAGUACGAGCUGCUCCUCGUAGAAACCGCCUCUUCCCUGGUGAAGGCGGCCAUUCAGUCAUCCAUAGAGCAGCUGGUCAGCGAAAUGGCCCUGGAACAGAAUAAACACAACAGCUUUCUGUGAUGGCAGCCUUGCCCCAGAGAGAAAGAGCAGAGGGAGUGAUUUCAAGCUCCAUUUGGCCUGCGGGGCGUGUGGAGAACUCGCGAGCUCCCGGGGCCGAGGUGUAGUUAAUUCUGCAUGCCCGUUCAGUUGUGUGUCCACGUGAAACGCAUCCUGGGAUGUGGGCAGACCCUGCUGAGUGCAGUGUGUCCCCUGGGGCUUCAGACAGCGCCACUGACCACAGCUGCGGAAAAAUUAAGGUGUUACAGUGACUGUGUUUUCACUUAUUGGCACAUUUAUGUCAAGGCCACAUUUCUGCCCUCACCCAUGCCCCGCUUCCCCGCUGCUCAUGCUAUAGAUGUGUACAUACCAUGUGUUUGGAGAAAGGUGCUGAGAGGCAGUGAGUGCCUGACCUGCUGCCAGGCUGGAUUUGGGGCACACUGGAACAGCUGGAGGCUUGCUGGGGCUUUAUUCCAGAUGAGGAAGAGCAAAGUGUCUGCAAUAUUAACAUGAAAACACCGAUGCCAAGCUGUGCUCUGUGCUCUGAACAGGCCCUCGCUACGCACAGGCGCCAAGGACCGAGGUCACCGCUGUUGCAUGAAGCCGGCGGCUUCCAGCAAGCUCUCGCUCUCCUUCACUCGGCCUCUCCCCCUGCCAUGAGCAGCCAGAGCAUCUCCAGACACUUCAAAGCUCAGCAUCAGCCUCGUCUUGCUGACCCCGGGCUGCCAAGAAAGCGACAGCGCCGCGUUUGCUGGGGGACCUUUCUCGCACCAUUGAACUCCACGGGCAAAAUUCCCUGCGGCAUCCCGGGCGUGGGCUGGGCGGGAGCAGCCCUGCCGCAGGCAGCCCCUCUCCUCCCUCUCCUCCCUCUCCUCCCUCUCCUCCCUCCGUCCCCAUCCCCGGUGUCGUGGUGAAGCUCUCCUCGGAUGUAGCAUAUUUUUUUAUACAUGGCAUGCGAUAUAAAUAGCAGUGAGCUGCAUGCGUGUUUAGCAGUCAGCAUAGUUCGGGAAGCUGCAGUGUGCUGGGAUUGCUUUGAUUUGAUCUGGGUGCUGCUGGCACCCCCGGCUGCCUGUCCUGCACCACUCCCCGCUCACCACAAGCCCCUCCUGUCCUCAUCCAGCCCAGGCAUCCCUUGGGAAUGGAGCAUCACGCCCGGCUCGCUGCCACCAGGCUCUGGCACGCCAUGUAGCUCGCUCUGAAACAGGCAGGGAAGUGCUGGAGCAAUCUUACCAAAGUCCUCAGGGAAAAAAAAAUAAAAAUCCAGACAUGAGGGCCUGAGGACACGGCUGGAAAAUGCCUGGACAAGCCUCCUGCUGUCAAACACCCCAAACUGCCCUGCCCCGAGGGGGUUUGCAGUGUGUGUGUGCCAGCAUCGCCUCCCACUGCCAGCUCCGCGGGAGAAAGGGGCCUUUGGAUAAUAUGGGAUUGCAUCUGCAUGGCUGGGAUUUGCUUCCAGCCGUGGGCAAAGCAGUGUGCUCCUCUGGGAAAAUCCUCCUGCGUGUUCCUCAGCCGGCACGGAAAGAGCAGCAAUUGCUCACUGACCACGCACUGAGAUUUCCCUCCCCGGCGCAGACUUUGGAUUCCUGCUAAAACACAAGGGCUGUACCUGUCCCUCGUGCCCGGUGCACAACCACGUUUUAAACCUCGAUAAAACACCUCCUCAAUGUCACAAGAGGACUGCCAGCAGCAAGAGCCACAGCUCGUCUCUGUGCAAGUAAAAUUUAAAAAAAUCCAGACGGUGGUCAAGAAAAAGAAAAAAGUGUCUUUUAUUUUUUUCCUGUGAGUUUGUUUAUUAAGUUAUCAGCUAUUGAUAAUUCAGUGUGUAUGAUUUUAAUGGCUUUGUACUUCAUACUGGUCCUUCCAGAUAUUUUGCCAUCAUUUUGAAAAAGGGACUUUUAAAGGACUUUUAGCUGUACCUUUGGAGCUGCUGCAGCACCCCGGGAAGAGCCAUCCUGAUGCUGGGGGUGGCCUGUGGGAUUACACUGGGCACUGUGGCAGGUUGGUGCUGAGCAAAGGGCUGCAGCAACGCUGUGGCAUCCCACUGGAGUCAGCUGCAGAGGAAAAUGUCCAAGCUUUAGUAAAUAAACAUAAAAUUACCCCACAGGGCCAGGCUGUCAUCCUCUGUCAGCCUGCUAAGCUGUUUGGGGAGGAUUUCGUGUUAUUUCAGUAUUGCCUUUUAGGAAACCACGUCUUCUAAAAAGGAGGAGAAUGGCAGAAAUGCUUAGUCCAGGCCUGCCCUGCAACUUUCUCCAUGUCAGGGGGGUGGGUUUGCAUCCUCUCUUGUAGCUGGUUUUCCCUCUGUUACAGCUGUACAAAGAACUGAUGAUUAUUUCAUUAAAACUGAA